AGGGCUGGAUGAUGUUGGACGUCCUCCGGCCAGGAAAGGAGGCAGAGCUCUUUCUGACUAGCUGCAGCUUCUAAUGCACAUUGUGAGAAGCUCACAGAGAGGAGCCGGUACAAGGGGAGGAGCCUGUGCAAGACUGAAUGGAGGGAGCCGUUACACCUGUGCAAGACUGAAGGGGAGGAGCCGGUACACCUGUGCAAGACUGAAUGGAGGAGCAAGUACACACUGUGCAAGACUGAAGGGGAGGAGCCGUUACACCUGUGCAAGACUGAAGGGGAGGAGCCAGUACACCUGUACAAGACUGAAGGGGAGGAGCCAGUACACCUGUGCAAGACUGAAGGGGAGGAGCCGUUACACCUGUGCAAGACUGAAG